CAACAGCAAUAGUUAUCGUGAAGAGGAGGAGGAGGAGGAGGAGGAAGAAGAGGAGGAGGAAGAGGAAAAGGAGGAGGAAGAGGAAGAGGAGGAGGAGGAGGAAGAGUACUUGAUCGAAAGUGAGAACGAAGGCUCCUAUUUUCACCACUACCGCCAGCAGCAGGAACAGCAACGUGGGUUCAAUCCAAGGACCCUAGAAGGCUAUAUGCACCAGUUCGAUGACGGCAUGCCACCGCCCUCAUACCACUCUCUCAUCCAACAAGGAUCCGUACCGACCGUGCUCUCAACCUCACCGCCAUCUUCACUUCUACAACCCUCAUCCGCGACGAUCGAGGCCAUAUCCUCCUCAACGCUGCAAACGUUACUUGACCUGCUGCACCAGUUUGAAUAUCACCUCUGUGACGCAUUCAGGCAUUCGACCUUCCAACGAAGCACAGCCGAGAGUGUCCUUUCGGCCCGUCGACAGGCCUGGAGGAGUCGCCAGCCUAGGACUGUGGCCUCGUUUGCCUAUAUCCUGAUCGAACUCGAACAGACUGCCAUCCUUCCGAGUGCUAUGUGUGAUACAUGGACGAAUCCUCCGGGGGGGAGUAUAAGCGGUAUGGACUCUGCGUCUGGGGUGGAGCGUAUAAGGGUAUCAGAGCAGGAGUGGUUGGCGAUGACGGGGAAUGCGGCGACGGAGGCACACCUUGCCAAAGCCAUGUUGAUCCUUGAGGAGUGCUGUGUCCAUGGGAUGGAUCCUGUGCACUGGCACGGAUCUGGCUCUAGUGCUGAUCCUGAUGCGGAUAGUGAUGAUGAUGCUGAUGAUUAUGAGGUUGAUGGAGUCCGGACGACGCGUUGUCGUCGGUGGGUUGCGCGGGUUCAGGCCAUUGCUGCUGCACUGGCGUAAACAACGCGUUUUUUUUUACUAUUUCUCCUAUAUCGUCCAGAAAAUUCAUAAAAGUGAAAGAUAAAGUCAUGCAUACAGAAAGU